CCGGACACCGGGGCUGUACCGGGCAGCAGGGCGAAAAAUAACCUCAGUUACACUCAGAAGACUCAGAGAGAGAGAGAGAGAGAGAGAGAGAGAGAGAGAGAGUAAUUAUUUUAAAUGUAAAGUUUCUGCAGAGAAGGAAAAGUUAGACUCAACAUGAAGUUUCCUCUGAGGAUAGUUUUACUUCUUUUUCUUGUUUCUGGGACUUUAGCAGAUAUUGGAUUUGAUCUGGGUGACGCUCUCGAUGAUGAUGCAGCUCCAACUCCUGCAAAGCCCAAAGAGCAGCCGAAGGUCCCGGAGAAUACGGGUGGUGGCGAAUUUGACCUGUCUGAUUUUUUCGAUAACCCAGCACCAACACCUGCAAAAGAGCUGCCAAAGGUCCCUGACAAGCCUAAAGAUGACGGUGGAUUUGAUUUGGGGGAUGCUCUCGGCCCAGACCUGAACCCCAAACCUGACAAACCUGCUGUGAAACCCCCACCCGGUGGAGGAGGAGGUGGAGGAUCGUUUGAUGACUCUGAUUUGUUCGAUAUCGGCGGAGGAGAAUACAAACCUGAUGGAGGUCGGUCUGGUGGUCGCUCUGGUGGAGGCGGAGCCGCCGACCCCGGAUAUGAUCCCAACAGUGGAUCUGAUCAGACUCAAGAAGCCGGCGCUGGACCGAUCGCCGGGAUCGUCAGCGCUGUGGGCGUGGCUCUGUUGGGAGCAGCAUCCAGUUACUUUGCUUAUCAGAAGAAGAAGCUCUGCUUUAAAAUACAGGGAGGUCAAGAUCCAGAGGGCGGGAAAGUCCAUCAUGGUGGUCAGUCUGACAAUCAAGUUUUCAGUAACCUCCUCAGGACGUCUUAGAGGUCGACGAUGACGAGUCUGUGACCACCUCUUUCUCCUCGUCCUCCUCCCCCUGCUCCGUCAGGUGUCACCUCUGCUCUGAAAACAAGACUUUCUAUUGGUUCAUCCUGUUUCCUGUUUGUCUGAACUCCACAAACACCCUGACGGCCGUUAACUGAAAGCUUUGUCUCCUGUGUUUCUUUCAUUUUGUUUAAGGUCAUGAAUGUUCCUCCUCGAGUCUUUAAACUUUUACUCUCUGGUGUCACAGCUGCUACAUCGCCGGGGUUUACAGCGGCACACGGGGUGGAUUCGAUAGUUUUAUAACCUCCGUUUGAAAUGUUUUAGACGCCGUCUCAUUGGCAUCUACGAAGGAUUGAACAAAGUUUACACUUUAGUCCUUUAUUUCUUCUUCUCUGGAACGACGUAGAGUUUGUUUGAGCGACGUCUGCCUCCAUCGGAUCUUUUCUUUUAUGUUUGUAUUUCUUUAAGAGAGCGGACAGCUUCAUGCACAAAUCCCCUUAAAAGAGAACUACGGUGGCCCUGAGGGUCAACUGCAGAGUCAUGUCAGUGAAUGCAAGAAAAAAAAACAUUUCACAAAAAGCAGAACUAUUUUAGUUUCAUGAUUUUAUUUUUUAGCAUUUUGUGAAAUGUUUUCAUGAAAUCGUUUGUGCGUUUGACCUUCAGGGGCCACCGUAGAUGUCCUGUAUUUUCAUUGACGUUACUAUGACGACAGAGAUGCGCAUUUAACGCUACAUUGUUAUAUUUGCGGCGUCUCGCGUCAAAAAGUUUUAAACGAUAUCGGCGCCGCUUUAAUCACCGAAUGUGUCGGAGCGAGAUUUAACGUUUGUGCACUGCAGAAUCAUUUCUGUCCGAAGUUUGACUCCGUACAGAUUGAACUUUGUUAAAACGUAAACCUAUAAAUGUUAACGCGUGAUCUGAAAGACGAGCGUUAGCCUCCGUUAGCUCGUUGUUUUUCUGCUCAAACGUGGAGGAGACCAAAACCGAACAAUAAGAAAAAGUAUUAUCUCAUUGAAUUCAAUCAGAGAAACAUAAAUAUGAUGAUUAAGGGGAUCGAGUUAGACUAGUGUCUGCAGGAAAUCGCUGCCCCCUAGUGGUCAAAUUACGGCAAACGCAACUAAAACAAGCAAAAAUCUUUCAUCUUUGUUAGAAAACGUCGUCAUCUUUUUAGACCCCCGUUUGUGUGUGUCAUCAGGUUAUCAGAGUCGUGAUGUCAUGAUGCCCCGCCCCCCUCCUUUCUUUGUGUGAGCUGUAAAUAUUUAGUUUAGCGUGCUUCAAAAUCUUUUACGACGACAGUUUUUCGUUGCGGUUUAUUUCAUGUGAUGAUUCGGUGAAUGUUUCUCCUGUGAGUGGAUUUAAAGUGUGUGAACAUGUUUCCAAUAAAGACGUGGUGUACA